UUUGCCUAUCUAUAUAGUAAGAUAUAAUAUGAAAAUAGUCAAAAUGUAAAACUUUUUAUUUGACAGUGUUUUCGUGUUUUGCUUUUGUUCAAAAGAUUAUCCUCGUUUGAAUGACUUUUAGCUUUGGCAAGAAACGGCCUAAAAGACCGUCCCGUCGAUUAAAAAAAAUUUUACAUACCAAUAUGUACCACCGAUUUGCAAUCGGUCCAAAAAAUGUGUAAAAUAUAACGAUACACCGAAUGAAUCCUUAUUUUAAAAUAACCCGCUUUUUAUAAUUUGAACACGUUUAGUGUUAAAUCCAAAACAACUAUUUUGUAACUGUGGUAACUCAUCAAUAACAUGCAGCAAAGGACUGAAGUACAUGUUCUCCUAUUCAUAAUUCAUCAUUCAAUUAAGUAUUAUUCUUACCUUUUCAACAACACGUAAAUUUAGUUUUGUUUUUAACGUUUUGUUGAGAAAUUUACAAGAUGGGUGGGAAAGAUAAAUUAAGUCGCAAGAUGAUCUUUCCAUAUACAUUCACUGCAAAAAUAGUUCAGUUCCCUCACAAAUUACAUUUCCAACAUCAUUGGAUGUACCCUUGGUUUAUUGGUGCUACCAUCUUAUCAAUGCCAUUAUUUUAUAAGAUUCAACAAGCUGCCAACAGUGAGGCGAAUAUUAAAAUAUGGUCUGAAAAAAGGAGACGCGAAGAAGAACAUCAUAAGCAUAAAUGGGAUUAAUUUAAAAUGUAUAUUUGUAAAAAAUAAAAAAAAUCAUAUUUAAUAUAUAAAUAUCAUUUCUAUUAUUGUUACUUCGAGUUUUUCAAUUAAUGAAAUGAAAAACAUGUUACAAAAAUUAAUUAAUCUUCUUCUUAUU